CCAUUUCAUCACAGAAGCGACUUUAGAACGAUCUCAAGAAGUCUAUUUAUUUAUUACAAAAGAAGUCUUAAGGGCUAUCUGUCUCUCAAGAUUCCAGACGCAGGCGAUUUGAUGCAUGCAACGAUGCCGUCACCAUUCGAUUCAUUGCCGGUGGAUUGCAUCUCCACCAUUAUCUCCUUCACGAGUCCACGAGACGCUUGCGUCGCUGCUUCUAUUUCGAAAACGUUCGAGUCGGCUGUUAAAUCCGAUACCGUGUGGGAGAAGUUUCUUCCUUCGGAAUAUUCCUCUCUGAUUCCACAGUACUCGCGAGUUUUCACGUCCAAGAAGGAGCUCUAUUUCGCUCUCUGCGAUGAUCCUGUUCUCAUCGAGGAAGGGAAAAAGAGCUUCUGGUUAGAGAAAGCGAGUGGGAAAAGAUGUAUCAUGUUAUCUUUGAAGGAAUCGUCGAUCACAUGGGGAACUAGUCCCCAAUAUUGGCGAUGGAUUUCAAUUCCUGAAUCGAGGUUUGAAAAAAUAGCAGAGCUACUCAAUGUAUGUUGGUUUGAUAUUGGUGACGGGAUGCAUACUCGUUACCUAUCUCCUAGAACUCAUUACUCGGUUUACAUCGUGUUCAAGACAAAGAACGGAUGUCCUAAUUUGGGAGACUCGCCGGUGGACGUUGGAGUUGGAUUGGUUGGACAAGAACCUUCUCAAAAGUUGAUAUACUUUAUUGGGCCUCCUGGUCGCGGUCGUGGUCGUCGUCGAAGGAGAGAGACAGAAACGAGAGAUGUAACGAGACCAGAGGCGAGGGAAGAUGGGUGGAUGGAAGCCGAGCUUGGUGAGUUCUACAAUGAUUCAUGUUGUGAUGAUAUUUCGUUUAGUAUUAUUAAGACCAACACUCCUCACUGGAAAAGUGGUUUGAUCGUUCAAGGAAUUGAAUUCCGCCCUGCCAAAAUCAGGUAAAUUGUUAUAUCAUGUUUUUGUGAUGGAAUAAGAACGAUGUCUGAUGGAAUAAGAACGAUGUCUGGUUCCGUGAUCUUCCGGUUUUAUGGUUCAGUUUCAUGUGUAAGCAAGUGAAAAUCUUUGUUGUAUUGUAAUGUUUUCGAAUCUUCAGGUUUUGGAAUUGUAAUGUUUGUAUUGUUUGUUUUGAUCAUUCUCACAUGAACAAAUUUCCAGUUUAUGA